AUGGCUGCCAUCUGUGCACUGAUGAAUGACGCCCUCGCCGCACAUCGUCCCAAGCAUCUCAUCACCGAGCCACACGAGACGUCGUCCUCGGCCGACCAAGCCCAAACUGCAAGCCCGCAAGUUGGAAUCGCAAUCCGGGCACUUUCUAGCCAUUCUGCUGGGCCUGCCGAUGUCGGUCCUGUCAGUGAGCGUUGCUUCGGCAAUAUCCGAGCGUGA